UAAAUAACUUCAUUUUCUUGGGCCAUUGAGAGAGAAAACGGAGCCGAGAAGCAGACGAUCAGCUGAUAGGUUGCACCAUGGCCGGGAUGUUGAGAAAUUUCGCUAUUACGGCCUCGCGCAUCAUCCCCCGCGUCAGUGCGCAGAGAGGGUUGGUCACUUCAGUGCGAUGCCUGGCUCCAGCAGUGACCCAGCCCGCCCCGACCUUCAAGGGCCAGGCGGUGGUCAACGGGGACUUCAAGGAAAUUUCCCUCGAAGACUUCCGGGGAAAGUACCUGGUGCUGUUCUUCUACCCCUUAGACUUCACGUUUGUCUGCCCCACGGAGCUCAUCGCAUUCAGUGACAACAUUGCGGCCUUCCAGCAGCUGAACUGUGAGGUGGUGGGUGUGUCCACGGACUCACACUUCUCCCACCUGGCCUGGAAUAACAUGCCCAGGAAGCAAGGUGGUCUGGGUGGGUUGAAAUACCCCCUCUUGGCCGACUUCAACAAGACCAUCUCGAGGGACUAUGGGGUGCUGCUGGAGGGUGACGGUGUGGCUCUGCGCGGCCUCUUCCUCAUCGACCCUGAAGGUGUCGUGCGCCACCUGAGCGUCAACGACCUGCCGGUGGGACGCUCGGUCGAGGAGACACUCAGACUGCUCAAGGCAUUCCAGUUUGUGGCAGAGCAUGGUGAAGGUCAGUUUCUAAAGGGGGGAUAUUUAUUUGUUUAUUCACUUUUUUGCUGUUUGAUUCCUGUGAAAAAGUCAACAAGGCUGUGAUAUGUUUGUUGCAAGAAUAAGUUUAAUUAUAGAAAAAGUAGUAGUAGUACAAUCUUUACUAAUGAGGCUUUCUAUACAACAAAGUGAGGUCAUUCUUUGUUGAUUUAUACCAUAAGGUGCUGGCUAUCAUGUGUUUGAAGAUACCCUAAACUUAACCUAACCUAACCUAACAAAACCCCAAACAGUUACUAUAGGUCUUGACUCAGAAAACUCGUAUAUGCUUCCUAAGUUAUGAGACUUUCUAUACAACAAAGUGAGGUCAUUCUUUGUUGAUUUAUACCAUAAGGUGCUGGCUAUCAUGUGUUUGAAGAUACCCUAAACUUAACCUAACCUAACCUAACAAAACCCCAAACAGUUACUAUAGGUCUUGACUCAGAAAACUCAUAUAUGCUUCCUUAGUUAUGAGACUUUCUAUACAACAAAGUGAGGUCAUUCUUUGUUGAUUUAUACCAUAAGGUGCUGGCUAUCUUGUGUUUGAAGAUACCCUAAACUUAACCUAAACUAACCUAACAAAACCCCAAACAGUUACUAUAGGUCUUGACUCAGAAAACUCGUAUAUGCUUCCUUAGUUAUGAGACUUUCUAUACAACAAAGUGAGGUCAUUCUUUGUUGAUUUAUACCAUAAGGUGCUGGCUAUCAUGUGUUUGAAGAUAUCCUAAACUUAACCUAACAAAACCCCAAACAGUUACUAUAGGUCUUGACUCAGAAAACUCAUAUAUGCUCCCUUAGUUAUGAGACUUUCUAUACAACAAAGUGAGGUCAUUCUUUGUUGAUUUAUACCAUAAGGUGCUGGCUAUCAUGUGUUUGAAGAUACCCUAAACUUAACCUAACCUAACCUUACAAAACCUCAAACAGUUACUAUAGUUCUUGACUCAGAAAACUCAUAUAUGCUUCCUUAGUUAUGAGACUUUCUAUACAACAAAGUGAGUUCAUUCUUUGUUGAUUUAUACCAUAAGGUGCUGGCUAUCAUGUGUCUGAAGAUACCCUAAACUUAACCUAACCUAACCUAACAAAACCCCAAACAGUUACUAUAGGUCGACUCAGAAAACUCAUAUAUGCUUCCUUAGUUAUGAGACUUUCUAUACAACAAAGUGAGGUCAUUCUUUGUUGAUUUAUACCAUAAGGUGCUGGCUGUCAUGUGUUUGAAGAUACCCUAAACUUAACCUAACAAAACCCCAAACAGUUACUAUAGGUCUUGACUCAGAAAACUCAUAUAUGCUCCCUUAGUUAUGAGACUUUCUAUACAACAAAGUGAGGUCAUUCUUUGUUGAUUUAUACCAUAAGGUGCUGGCUAUCAUGUGUUUGAAGAUAUCCUAAACUUAACCUAACCUAACCUAACAAAUCCCCAAACAGUUACUAUAGGUCUUGACUCAGAAAACUCGUAUAUGCUUCCUUAGUUAUGAGACUUUCUAUACAACAAAGUGAUGUCAUUCUUUGUUGAUUUAUACCAUAAGGUGCUGGCUAUCUUGUGUUUGAAGAUACCCUAAACUUAACCUAACCUAACCUAACAAAACCCCAAACAGUUACUAUAGGUCGACUCAGAAAACUCAUGUAUGCUUCCUUAGUUAUGAGACUUUCUAUACAACAAAGUGAGGUCAUUCUUUGUUGAUUUAUACCAUAAGGUGCUGGCUAUCAUGUGUUUGAAGAUACCCUAAACUUAACCUAACCUAACCUAACAAAACCCCAAACAGUUACUAUAGGUCUUGACUCAGAAAACUCAUAUAUGCUUCCUUAGUUAUGAGACUUUCUAUACAACAAAGUGAGGUCAUUCUUUGCUGAUUUAUACCAUAAGGUGCUGGCUAUCAUGUGUUUGAAGAUACCCUAAACUUAACCUAACCUAACCUAACAAAACCCCAAACAGUUACUAUAGGUCUUGACUCAGAAAACUCAUAUAUGCUUCCUUAGUUAUGAGAGACUCUAUAUAACAAAGCGAGGUCAGUCUUUGUUGAUUUACACCAAAAGAUGCUGACUAUCAUGUGUAUGAAGAUAAUGUAAACUUAACCUAACCUAACUUAACCUAACAAAACCCCUAAGAGUUACUCUAGGCCUUGACCCAGGAAAUUCAUACAUACUUCCUUACUAAUGAGACUUUUUAUACAACAAACUGGUAGUAGUGGUAAUAGUGGUAGUGGUGGUUGUGAUAGUGAUAGUAAUAGUAGUUGCAGUCCCCUAGAAAAAAAGCAGCAUUGUAAAUCUUCAAAAUUGUCCCUAAUAUGUACGUACUAAGUUUUUCAUGAGUACAAUAAUGAUUCUUUUUUCUCCUUCAGUCUUUCUUCCAGCCUUUUUAUUUCUGAGCCACUAAUGUUCCUUCCUCCCCCCUUGCUGCAGUGUGUCCGGCCAACUGGCAGCCAGAGUCCCCCACCAUCAAGCCAGACCCUUCAGGCUCCCUCGAGUACUUUGGGAAGGUGAACUAAGGAGGGGAAGGGGUGGUGGUGGUGGUGAUAUCUUCAACCCGUGGCCAAGGUUAAUCAGGUGCAGGUGUAGUACAAGGUAGCUAAAUAGGGAGAACUGUGAGGCUAUUGUUGUAGAGCAGCGGUUCCCAACCUCUUCUCUGUCCCGCGCCCAAAGGCAGGGUUUGCUUCAGGUUCUUGCCGCUACAGAAGUAAUAACACAUUUGAAGAUGAAAAGUCUAAUUUCUAAGUUUUUAAUCAAACUGAAUCACAAUUAGGUGAACAAAUUGAACUUAAAUGCAAAUAUAAAUUGAAUAAUUAGGCUAACUUCUAAUUUAUUCAGAAAAGCAAUACAUGCAGUAGAAUCAUUCCACACACUGAACAUAAAUUCAGUGGCUUUCUGCUCCUGCUUCUCAUUCAUGAUUUUUUCAAAGUGUGGAAUUUUUUUGCUGACCGGCUGCUGGCAGUGAUGACUCAUGACUCGCCAAUCAGGAAUGCAGCUCACUCUGUAGCACCCCUGAAAUUCCAUCUUGCCCGCCUGUGGGUGUGGGAGAGGGGUGCAGGCACCUCAGGGAGUCAGGAUGGGGACUGCUGGUGUAAAUUAAUUGUAUGCUAAGGACAUUGAAAAUGUUAUCACAGCUUUUGUAUAAUUGAGAUGUAUAAUUGGAUACAUAUAUCAGCUCUUCUUGUUUUCAUGGCUAUACAUGGGCUUAUAGGGUUGUUUAGAUAUUUGUCUAACUUUAUAUUUCCCUUUUUAUUCUUUCGUUGUUUUGAAAGGUGUUUGUUUAUAUAUGGGCAUUGAGGAAAGCCUUGGUGGAUGGAGGUCAGGGGUUCAUCAAGGAAGACAAGACUGAAUCCUUUUGUUCCGAGGCAAUGAGAAAUUGGGACUGAGUUACUUUUGGGUUUUCCAUGAUUAAAGCAGGGUGUAUUUGCCUUUUUGUACUCGUAUUAAGAAAACUACCUACUGCUCUGGGAGGUUGAGAUGCAUUGAAAAAAAUGUUGCCAAUCUAUAUUUUUGUCAUUAGUACAUAUAUAUACCACCGCACAGUUUACCAGAGUAUAGGAAAUUUCUCUUAAUCCAAAUUCUACUGUCCAGAAAUUACUGAAGUCCAAACUCUCAAAACCAGGAAACUAAAAUACACAUACUCAGUGCCUUGGUAUAAAUUAAUAAAAAAUUACAUUGG